UCACCGUCCUUACGGAGCUCAGUGGCUUUGGGAGGAUUGACCCGCACGGACUAAAAUGAAAAAUUGAUAGUAGUGUGUGUCCCAGCCUGGAGGUUUGAGAAGGACACCGUUGCAGUGGCUGAAUUUGUUUUGUCAGCUUCAUCUACAAGCAGAGAUGUUCAAUCUUAUGUAUUUUUGAAAGCAUUUGAAGACUUCAAAUUUACUGUUUAUGUUUAUGUUGAAUCUCUGAGAUUUUUCUACAGAGUCAAUGUCUUUGGUUCCAGCAACAAAUUAUAUAUAUACACCUCUGAAUCAACUUAAGGGUGGUACAGUUGUCAAUGUCUAUGGUGUUGUAAAGUUCUUUAAGCCUCCAUAUCUAAGCAAAGGAACUGAUUAUUGCUCGGUUGUAACAAUUGUGGACCAGACAAAUGUAAAGUUAACCUGCCUGCUCUUUAGUGGAAACUAUGAAGCCCUUCCAAAAAUUUAUAAAAAUGGAGAUAUUGUUCGCUUUCACAGACUAAAGAUCCAAGUAUAUAAAAAUGAUGUUCAGGGUAUCAACAGCUCUGGCUUUGCAUCUUUGACAUUUGAGGGGACUUUGGGGGCUCCCGUGAUACCUCGUACUUCAAGCAAGUAUUUUAACUUUACUGCUGAGGACCACAAAAUGGUAGAAGCCUUGCGCGUUUGGGCAUCUGCUCAUAUUUCACCUUCUUGGACAUUAUUAAAAUUGUGUGAUGUUCAGCCAAUGCAGUAUUUUGACCUGACUUGUCAGCUCUUGGGCAAGGCCGAAGUGGAUGGAGCCUCAUUUCUUCUAAAGGUAUGGGAUGGCACCAGGACACCAUUUCCAUCUUGGAGAGUCUUAAUGCAAGACCUUGUGCUUGAAGGUGACUUAAGUCACAUCCAUCGGCUACAGAAUCUGACAGUAGACAUUUUAGUCUAUGAUAACCAUGUUCAAGUGGCAAAAUCUCUGAAGGUUGGAAGCUUUCUUAGAAUCUAUAGCCUCCAUACCAAACUUCAAUCUGUCAAUACAGAGAGCCAGACAACAUUAAGCUUAGAGUUUCAUCUUCAUGGAGGAACCAGUUAUGGUCGGGGAAUCAGGAUCUUGCCAGAAAGUGACUCUGAUGUGGAGCAACUGAAAAAAGCUUUAGAAUCUGCAGAUUUGACAGCCAAGCAGCAUUCAGAUGAUAUCUGUCAGUCAGAACCUGAGGACAGCUUUCUAAGCUCUGGAUCAGUAUCAUUAUAUGAAGUAGAAAGAUGUCAACAACUGUCUGCCACAAUACUUACAGAUCAUCAAUAUUUGGAGAAGACACCACUGUGUGCCAUUUUGAAACAAAAAGCUCCUCAACAAUAUCGCAUCCAAGCAAAACUGAGGUCAUAUAAGCCCAAAAGACUCUUUCAGUCUGUUAAACUUCAUUGUCCUAAAUGUCAUUCACUGGAAGAAGUUCCACAUGAAGGCGAUUUGGAUAGAAUUUUGCAGGAUGGUGCAACUAAAACCCCAGAUACCAAACUACAAAAUACACCUUUAUAUUAUUCAAAACUCUGGACCACUGAAGAUCAAGGAGGGCGACAAAUAGCUGUUCAUUUUGUGAAAAUUAAUGGUAUUCUCCCACUUUCAAAUGAAUGUCUAAUUUUGAUAGAAGGAGGUACACUCAGUGAAAUCUACAAACUCUCAGACAAGUUUCAUAGUGUAAUUCCUGUAAUAUCUGGUCAUGAAGACCUGGAGCUCAUGGACCUUUCAGCACCAUAUCUUAUACAAGGAAAAGUACAUCACUAUGGGUGUAAACGGUGUUCUAGUUUGAGACCAAUACAAAAUCUAGAUUCUGUGGCUGAUAAAACAUCAUGGAUUCCUUCUUCUGUGGCAGAAGUGCUGGGUAUUGUACCCCUCCAAUAUACAUUUGUUAUGACAUUUACUCUUGAUGACGGAACAGGAGUAUUAGAAGCUUAUCUUGUGGAUUCUAAAAAAUUCUUCCAGAUUCCAGCAUCAGAAAUUCUAACCGAUGAUGACCUCCAGAAAACUCUAGAGAUGAUCAUGGAUAUACUUUGUCCUCCAGGAGUAAAAAUUGAUGUAUAUCCGUGGUUGGAAUGCUUCAUCAGAUCAUACAAUGUCACAAAUGGAACAGAGCGGCAAAUUUGCUAUCAGAUUUCUGACACCACAGUUGCAGAGGAUGUCAUCUAAUAUUGCCAUUCAAUUUAGUGUACAUAAAAUAUUGUAAUUUUGUUAAAUGUUACUAUUUUCUGUGAGGUUGUUAUAACACACAUAGAGACUUAACUAUUUUUGAAAUACCAUUUACAGUUCCAUUUUAACCACCAUUUUAGGGGUUUUCUUUUCUUUUCUUUUCUUUUUUUGACAAAUAAACAUUAAAAUAAUGGCUUCUUGUGAGUAUGCUGAAAAUGUUCCUGUUACUCAAAAUAGUCAGCACGAUGACUUUCAGGUGUAUAAAAGAAACAUUGAAUAAAGGACGGUGUUUUUAUUUACUCUUUGCAGUCCUUUUAGUGAAGCUAUUUUGUUACCCUACACUAAACCUCAGUUUGUCUGUUUAUUUUUGUCAUGUGUCUGUCACCAGUUCCCCAUCACACAUGAUCCCUGACUGGGCUUUUCAUGCCCUAAUUUGCACAUCGGUAAUGUUGAUGGUGUUAGCAUGGGUAUGGGAUUAGAAAAUGUCCUUACCUAAAAUCUCUUGGUGUUUACUGGGUGCAAGGUGAGUAACACCUACUGUUUUAGUUUUGUGUUUAUACAGAGAGAUCUGCUUAAACAAGUACAAUGGAGAGAAUUAUUUUAACAUGCUAAAAUGUAUUAAAAGAGUGGUUUACUUUAAGUAGAAGUGUCAAAAUUGCUUUGCUUGGGUUCUGAUAUUGACCACUUUAAGAUAAAUGCUUUUCUUUAGACCUGAAUUAUGUUCUUUGAUUGCUUGUUUCUCUCCAGGACAUUAGAUGUCACUCCAUCCCACUUCAAACUAAUUUAUCACGUUGGUAACUUAAUGUUAUCCUUUUUUAAUAAUCUCAUGUAACAUGUUCCUGUAUUACAAAUUCUAACUAAUUGAAUGAGAUGUUAACUUAGUGUAAUAGUCUGCUUUUUACCUGACAAUAUUUGUCAAAUUUAAAAUCAUGACUAUUCAAUUGUAUACAAAUAUUCCUACAUAUUUAUACGUAUGUGUAGAUUUGUGUACAUUAUUUGGUAAAGAUGGAGAGAUACAGAUCUGCCUAAUUGAGUGUUAAUGAAGAAUAAAUAAUUGCACACACUUCAA